AUGGCCCCAGAGGAAGAGCUGAGCGGCCUGGUGGAGCAUCUGGCAGAGGCCGAGCAGACCCUCAGCGGCAACAGCGGGGACACGCACGGCCGCACCAGUUCCUCCGUGGCCAGCGAGGAAAGGGACUCCACGGUCGAGGCGGCGGCCGUGAUGGACGACCUACAGCGAUCCACAGCGUCGGGGCCAGGUCGGAAGCGGACAGCGAGGGGAGCAGGCCGCACCUGCGGGAGGCGGGCGCGCCGACCGCCGACGGCCCGCUGCGGGCGUCGGAGGGGGCUGGCGCCCGCCGUGCUGACGAGGGCGACCUGGCGUUUCAGCCGAGCCCCGAGUCCCUCCCGGGGGUUGCUACACCGGCUGCGACACUCGGAAGAGGCGACGGAGGAUCUCGACGGCGAGCUCAGCGUCUCGGAGGCAGCAUUGGUGGAGCUCAGAUGGCGGUCGGACUCUGGCUCGUCUGGCGGCGCCACCCAGGAAGUCUUGAGGAACGAGCUGGAGGAAGCGAACCUCGCAAACGUAAAGAUGGCGGACGAGCUGAGAGAGCUUCGAUUGCAGAUGGUGGACAAGGAAAAUAUGCGCCAAGUCGAGGUGGGAGACUUGACCAUGCUGCUGGACACCACUGGCUCAGGCCAGUCAUCUUCGCACCUCCCCAUCAAGCCACCUGGAGGCGGGCGCAAGGUGGCGCCCAAGACCAGCGGCUGCUCGAUGGCGGCAAUCGCAGAGGACGACAGCGAUGCUGGAAGUGCCUGCUCGUGCUCCGGCGGCUCUGGCUUCAACGUCAGCGGUGACAGCGACGGGUCCGUGGACGUCGUCGGAGACUUCCGAGACUUCGAGGACGAUCAGAUGCUUGAAAAGGUCACCCAGGAGAACUCGAGGGCGAUGGCGGUGAUCCGGGGCCUGCAGAAGGCCGCUGUGCGUCAGGGGCUCAUCACCAAGGACCUGAAGGCCCAAGCCGCCCUCAGGGAGGCAGAGAGCGAGGCGAAGAUCCAGCGCCUGACGGAGCAGCUGGAGGCGUCGCUCUGGAGCCACGCCCAGACCAGGGAGGAGCUCGACGCUCUGAAGGACAGGGGGCAGGCGCGCGAGCCGCAGGGGCUCGCAAGGCGCACCGAGGCGCCCCGGGGCGCCUCGCUGUCGCUGGACUCGCUGCCGUCCCUGCUGUCGGCGAGCCCAAGGCUGCAGCACAGCGCUGCAGGGGCGGAGGACCUCAGGGAGCAGCUCCACGCCCUGAGGGAGAGCAAUCGGAUCGCAGAAGCUAGGGUCGAGGCCCUCAAACGUGCGCUGGCGUCGGAGGAGGCAAAGCACAGAAAGGACAUCGAUGAUCUGACGCGCAGGCUGCAGUGGAGCACAAGUGACUUCGACGACGGUGCCAAGGACAGCGAGCUCAGGGAACUGAGAGCCCUGCUGAAAAGCACGCAGGAGGAAAGGAACUUGCUCGUCAACACCUUCGAGUGCAAGGAGCUCCAGUGGAAGACCGAGAUCGAGAAUCUGAAGCUGGAGCUCGAGGAGGCAAAGCGAAGCUGCGAGAGCAGAGCCAGAGGGCUGGAGACCAUUACUCCAGCAGAGGAUCUCGCUCCCAAGACAGCAGGGAAUGCCAGAUAUGUGGCCCAUGACGUCUCGCUAGCCAACCGAGAUGCAUCCGUGUUCGGAUGGCUUCGCUGUCCGACGCGCAGCGCCAGUGGUCACGCCGUUCUGAAACCAGCAUCUUGCCAAGAGACUUGUUGGAACAUGAUCAAUGCCAUGUCUGGUAUUGUGGCAUUAUGGGCUUGCGCGGGACUACACAAUGUUGGAGACUACUCGGGAAGCCAAUCGUAUUUGGGGCAGCGUCCUACUCCAGGGGGGGACGAUAUUUUCCCUCACGAGUGGAGCUUCCAGCGAAGCGUGGCUCAAGCGGGCCUUUCACUCGCACCAGCGCUUCGCGGAGACGGGGCUGGAAGGCCGAGACGUUGCUGGAUUAGUCGUGCGAGAUCUGGGCUGUGA